ACCAAUGAAAAAGAACUAGGAAGAAAAACACUUCCGCUGCAUAGUCACAGUUUUCAGCCAGGCUGUCAGAAGUAAGUUUGGGUUACAAUAUGGCUAAAUUGAAAGACAAAAGACGAGAGAAAACAAGUGUCGCCAAUGAGAUUGACCGUUUAGAGGAGCGGCGGGCGCGUUGUCAAGACAACCUGGAGAGGGCUGAGUUCAGGACCAGAAAAGAGCAGCUCUCUGACAAGGACAGGCAGGACCUGGAAGAUGAAAUGACGAUCAUUAAUCAGAGGGUGCUAAAGUUAGACAAGGAGCUGGAGAUGUUAAGAAGAGAGAAUCGGAAGAACAUGCUGCUAUCAGUCGCUCUGCUGGUCAUCAGUGCUCUCUUCUACUAUGUCUUUGUUUUCAAUGAAGAAGACUCCUUGUCAUGAAUAGGCUGAAGAGCUGUGCUGAUGAAAUACUUCAGUUCUGCCUCUAGAUGGCAUCAUUGUGUAGAUCUCUUCUGGUCAUCAUAGUGGGUUUAUCCUGCACAGUCAGAACCCCACCACAGCUUCUUGGACUAAAGUAACGCAUACAUGAGAUAAUAGUAAGGUGAAGUGAGCAAUCAUUUUUGUCUUUUCAGCUUGUAUACAGUCAGUUUUGAUUUUCAUUGCUGUAUAAAGACCUUACUGUAUAUUAUGACAUUCAACAUGAAGACAGGAUUACAACACGGACAGUUUGUCCCCUAAAUAACCAGUUCAAUAUUAAGUUUGCCUUAUGCCACAAAUAAACCAAAGUAAUAAUGCUUUUAUACACUAUAUUGAAGAAAUGCUUCAUCAAAUGGUGCCAAUCAAGUCGGCUUUUUUUCUUUUUAGUCACAUAAAUGUGUGAUAAUGCAUGAUACACGUUGCAUGUGCAUUAAAUGAAUGAAAUUCUUUGAUACGUUCUGUUUAAGUGUGAGUUGUACAGGAUGUUUUGUCGUUACAGCAAAUGGAGAACCUGAAGAAUAUAUUUUUUGUUUUGAUACUCUUGGUGGCCAUACACCCAUCCCCUAAAAGCUGAAAGAUGGCAAAUGUCUUAUUUUGAAUACACGUAUGAAAAUGAGGGUAUGACAAUUAGGUUUGGUCCUUAUAACUCAUCUGUUUUUUUACUUUUAAUAAAUAAAAAUAAACACUGUCAAUUUUAGAAGCAUAUUUAUUGAAGUGUUGGUAUUUCAUAGGAUCAAUAUAUUUAUUAUAAGCUCAAUUGUUAUAUGUAUGUAAUCUAUUUUGAAAGUAGAGUUCAUUACAUGACUCAUAGCUUUGAUAGAGGCCCAAAUUUGUUAUAAUUGGACAUUACUGUGUUUGAGUAGAUGUGUUCUGAUCAGGAAGUUUAUUGUUUGACAGUAAAUACAGAGGAGGCAUCCUUCACCCAGUGACACAGUUAUGGUGGGAAUAGUGUAGCAGUCUAAGGAGAAGAUUGUAAAAAGCCUUAAGGCUUUCUCUCUAUCCUGAGUGGAUAAAAAACAAACAUCACUAAUACUGAUUCUUAUUGCUUCAUUUAUAAUAAAAACUCUUAAAGACCCAA